AGCCUCCAUGUGCCACGUUGAAAAUAUCUUCUUCAAUUUUCAUCAAAUUUCACGUUUUUGCAUGGUUUAACAGUGUGCUGAUAUGUAGAAUAUAUUUUAUUUGUUUAUAUUGUAUAGUUUGAUAUUGUCUAAAUUAGCUAUUAUCUUAUAUUUUCCUCAAUAUAUCGAGUUACUUGAUGCAAUGCCGAGUCGUAUUACAUUUUUUGUUAUUAGUAGAAAUUACACAUUUGCCGAAGACACUAGAAUAUUUAGUGUACUCGAGGGAAUAUAUAUAGAAUAGUGUAUGUGUUGUAAUAUUGUUAGAUGCGGUCUGAAUCAUUGCAAACUUUUCUCACUGCAUUGUCAGUACUUGAACCAUUUAGUAAAUCAUAGACUAAAGUCCGUUUGUCUGAAGUUAAAAUCAUAAUGAAUUCAAAGUAGUAUACAUCAUUUUCUUGUUAAUGACUUUUUAAAGUUGAUCGACCUAUUACUUGAUGAAGUAUAUCUAUGGUGCAUGAAACCCUUACUAUGUGUCAACAUUUUAUUUCAUAUUCAGGACUGUACGGUAAUUUUUAUUUCAUAUAUGUUCGGAAACAUGAAAAUGUAUUAGUCUAAACACAAUUUCUGCUUAUUCCAUAACCAACUGAGUGUCACUUACCAGGCACAGUGAUGCGUGGGGAUGUAUUCGUCUGUCAUUUAUCCAUCUGUCACUCCGUACAGCUUUAUAAUUAUGGUGUAUGAUUUCCAUUUUUAGCAUGUUUAUUGUUUGAUUAUCUUUAGAUAUAAUAGUUGUUUCCAAUCUCUUGGCUUUUAGUAUUGACAUUUUUUUAUGCCAAUCAACUUCGUGACUAUUUGACAAACAAGUUUCCUUGCAGUUUGCAUGAAAUCAAACUUUUCAUUGACUAAAUAAGGAAUGGAUCUGCACAGAAAAUUUUCUAUAUCUGCAUAAUCAUUAUAUAAAUCUUGAUAUUCUUGCAAUCGUUUAUAUGCUGAUUUGUCUGAGAAAGUCCCACCGACCCAAAAGUUUUUAGAUUUAUUCCGUCAUUCUGGCCAAGUUUUUUUUUUUUUUUAUUUCCGGAAAAGUUCCAAGGUCCUUUCCGGUACAGAUCAGUAUUUGAUAAUGACCAGAAGUUUCUAUAUUGUAGUUAGUUUCGAUUUAAAAUUUUAAAAACAGUAUGAAUAGAGGUUGCCUCACUGGCCUGCUACAUCAACAUGGAGGAAUGUCGUCUACACUAGAAGCGAGGAGACACAAGACUUCAGGGUGUUAGAGCGUGCAGGUGUUCUUCGGCUGUUAUUUCGGAUGGGAUGAUAGUACAGCAGUUUAUCAACAGCGAGGUGUUAUACGAACUAUAAUAAACACGCUCGGCCUUGUUUUAUCACAGAAAACAAUUUCAUCACAGAAAACAUUACAUUGUAUCAAGGAAAGUGUUACGGUGAAAGUACAUAUUGGUCAUUAUGCAGUAGCCAAUGAAAAAGCUUGUUAGAUCUUGUAUGGAGUGUUAGAUUUCAGUAGAGUACAGUGUAGAUGUCGUGGAGUAGUGUGAUAUGAUCAUCUAAAACUGGUCUAGAAAUUCUCAAGGAGUGAUAGAACAAGCCACAGAUUCGCCUUUUUGCUUUGAUGACGAGCACAAUGCCCCCAAAGCAAACCAAAACCCCAAACGAAUCUGUCCAAGAGAUGGGGAAAGAAGUGACAAAAGAAGCCAUUCGUAAGUCCGUGUGGAAUUUUCUGGAGGAUAAUGACCUCGUACAGUUCCCCCGCCCUGUCCAUCACAGGAUUCCAAACUUUGUGGGAGCUGCCACAGCUGCUGAGAAGAUGACAGAACUGGAUGUAUUUAAGAGAGCCCAGACUGUUAAAAUCAACCCAGAUAAACCACAGGAAAAUGCUAGAUUUCUUACUAUGGAGGCUGAGAAGACGCUGUUGGUACCAACUCCACGUUUGCGUCAUGGACUGUUCAACAAACUGUUGCCUCCUCAAGGAUGUGGGAAGGAGAUUCUCCGCUACUGCUCCACCUCUCAGGGUUUGAAGGAGUACAGCGUCCCCAUUGGCUUAGAGGCCAAGGUCAAGGUAGAUUUGAUUGUCAUCGGAUCAGUUGCUGUCUCCAAUGAAGGAUAUAGAAUUGGUAAAGGUGAGGGUUUUGCUGACUUGGAGUAUGCCAUGAUGUGUGCAAUGGGAGCAGUGACACCAGACACCAUUGUUGUGACCACUGUCCACGACACUCAGAUAGUAGACAUUCCGGAGUCCCUCAUGGAGGAGCAUGAUGUUGUUGUGGACUAUAUCAUCACAGAAACACAAGUCAUUAAGUGUAACCGUACGAAGGCUAAACCAAAAGGAAUUAUCUGGUCCAAGCUGACCCCAGAGAAGGUUCGCCAGGUUCCUAUCUUAAAACACCUGAGGGAGAAGGAAAAGGAGGCAGGAAAGGAUGUAACCUUGCAGGACGGCCGUGAAGAAGAGGACAUCCCCGAGAGGGAGGACAGAAGGCGCAUGGAUUCGGAUUACGGACGUCCCAGGUUCCGUGGAAGAGGGGGUAGAUUCAGGAGGUUCCGUGGCGGCCGUAGAGGAGGUGGACCGUACAGGGAGAGGAGAGAGACAGAAGAAGAUCAAGGAGAGUAUGCUGAGAAUGGAGAGGAGGGUGGAGAUGACAAACCGCCUCGUCCUAGAUAUAGGAGGAACCGUCGUUUCCGCAGACGUAGAGGAUCUCGUCGCCAAGACGAUGGAGACAACAAUGAAGAGUCCCAUGAUGAUGACCAUGAAGAAGGUGAAAGCGAGGGAGAAGGUCGCCGCGGUCCGCCCAGGCGACGUAACAUGAGAAGGCGUCGUCCACGGAGGAGAGAGGAGUCAGAGAAUACCGGAGAUGAUGAGGAACACGAGGAUUAUCGCCCGAGACGUCGCCGUGGGCCGAGGACCCGAGCCCCCAUCCCAACACUGUUCGUAGGAAGUAUCCAGAGGUCGGUCAGAGUCAGCGAAUUGAAGGGAGAAAUCCGUGGUAAGGAUGUCAACCCAAUCCGUGUGAUCUGGAAUGGGGCUAAAGGUUACUCCUUACUCCAGUUCCAGGAAAUGCAGGAGAUGGAGUCAGCCCUGGAUGCCCUGCAAAAUCUGGAGAUUCGCGGCCGCAAGCUGAGAGUGGAGAAAUCCAACAGGCUUAAGCAAGGAGAGGAUUCCGACAACGUCCAGGAUAGGGUUGCUGAUGAGAAGCCCGAGGAUUAGAUUGUUGUACUGUACUGUAGAACGGGCAAUGGAAAUGAUUUGUUGCUUCUUUCAGCUUGAGAACAGUUAAGGAUUGUUUUUUCAUCUUUGAUUUUAGUCUUCACUUUUCUAAUGGAAAUCUUGUUAUUCGUAUUAUUUUUCUUCAUUCAUGAAAAUAUGAUGCAAUGUUUAAAGGGGGGAGGGGAAAUCACAUUUGUUUUUAUUUCAGUCUACUUUAUGCUCUGGCAUUUGAACCACGUUACAGAAAAUUCUUUUAUCUAAAGACAAAACGUCUGAAUUUUUAUGUGAUGAAAGUGAUGGAUAUUCAACAACCAAAAAAUAUACCAUGCUUACCUUUCUCAUUUUAUUACGGCUAUAGACAUAGCAAUAAUUCAAUGUUCAUUUUACUUUAUGAAAGGAUUUUUUUUAUAUUUUGAUAUUUACAGGUUUUAGUUUUUCAAAUUUCACUCACUCACUUCAUUUGCACAUGUCUGAUGUCUCAUGUUUUCAGAGCUUAAGUUUGUACUGUUGCCAAACCCCACCAAUAGCUUUGAAAUUUGCAUUUGAUGAUUGUUUAUACUUAGAGUUGUGCUAAGUAAGAUGUAAUUCAUAUAUUGUUACAGUGUUUGGCAUUUUCUUCUUGUUAUGUACAUUUGUAGGUAUUUUAAUUCUUGAUCCCUUUAAACUUAUAUUGUAUUUGAAUGUAAUUAGUUCAUUUACCAAUUAUUGUACAAAAUUUUAAUUUAAAACUGUUAUGUUUUUGUUAAAUUCUUUAUUAAUGAAUGGUGAAUGACUUAUAAGCAAUAAAUCCCAAGAUUUGUAUGAUAAUAUACCCCCGAAUAUUAGGUUUGUAGGGACACCCAUUUUUCCAGUAUAAUAUAAAAUGGUUGAAUUGUGCGGUCAGGCAUAGAUAUGAAUGCAUUAAUUAUGUACACCAUCCCUAUCCUCUGUGGCCAUAUAAGUAGAGCAGACUCUCAGUGCUUUUUCUUGCAUUGUAACAGCUAAAAGGAUGGCUUAUGGAUGACAUUUAUUCAGUUGUCACAAUCAGGUAGAUGUCUAUAUACUGAGAAUUAAAAAAAAUAGUAAAAGUGA